UCCCGUCCCCGCUGGGUCUUGGUUCCGGGUUCGUUGCCCCGGUUCCCGGACCGGUCUGGGCUCUUGGGCCGCCCCGGCCGCGCGAAGCACUCCUCCGGUGUCAGGACUCACUGGACGCACCCCCGGGGGCCUCCCUUGUCCUCCGCGGGUUCCGCCGGGGCUGGUCUCCGGUCCCGGCCCACCUCUCCCCACUCCUGGCCCCCGGCUGCCCCGUCUUCGCCUCCCCAUGGAGUCCCAGUGCGAUUACUCGAUGUACUUCCCGGCCGUGCCGCUGCCGCCGCGCGCGGAGCUGGCGGGGGACCCCGGCCGGUACCGGGCGCUGCCCCGGCGCAACCAUUUGUACUUGGGGGAGACUGUCCGCUUCCUGCUGGUGCUGCGCUGCCGAGGCGGCUCGGCGUCUGGCGCCGGGGGCGGCCCGGGCUUGGGCUCUCGAGGAGCCUGGGCAGAACUGGCAAAUGCCCUGGCCGCCCUAGCCUCGGUCAGCGCUGGAGGUGGGGCACCAGGGGGCGGUGGCCCCGGCGACCAGGAUCCGGAACUCCCAGGGGGAGGGGAUCCUGGAGGUGGGGGGUUGUUCCGAGGCUGCAGUCCCCUUCUUACCCACGGCCCAGGCCCUGCUACCUCAGAGGGCGCGACCACGCUACCUGUGGAGGAACCGAUUGUGUCCACAGAUGAGGUCAUCUUCCCACUCACUGUUUCACUGGAUAGACUGCCCCCAGGGACACCUAAGGCCAAGAUUGUAGUGACCGUGUGGAAGCGAGAAGUUGAGGCACCAGAGGUCAGAGAUCAAGGCUACCUGCGCUUGCUGCAGACACGGUCUCCUGGGGAGACCUUCCGGGGCGAGCAGAGUGCUUUCAAGGCCCAAGUGAGCACCUUGCUGACUCUGCUGCCCCCUCCGGUUCUGAAAUGCCGGCAGUUCACUGUGGCUGGAAAACACUUGACUGUGCUCAAGGUGCUGAACAGCUCCUCCCAGGAGGAAAUCUCCAUCUGGGAUAUCCGAAUACUCCCUAACUUCAAUGCCAGUUAUCUACCUGUCAUGCCUGAUGGCUCUGUGCUGCUGGUGGACAAUGUCUGUCACCAGUCUGGGGAAGUCUCUAUGGGCUCCUUCUGCCGGCUCCCUGGUACCUCUGGUUGCUUCCCCUGCCCACUUAGUGCCCUGGAGGAACACAACUUCCUGUUUCAGCUGAGAGGGAGUGAGCAGCCCCCUCCUGGGGCCAAGGAGGGCCUAGAAGUUCCCCUGAUUGCUGUGGUUCAGUGGUCUACUCCAAAGCUGCCCUUCACCCAGAGCAUCUACACACACUACCGCCUGCCCAGCGUCCGCCUAGACCGCCCCUGCUUUGUGAUGACUGCUUCUUGUGAGUCCCCUGUUCGGACCUAUGAGCGUUUCACUGUCACCUACACGCUGCUCAACAAUCUCCAAGACUUCCUUGCCGUGAGGCUUGUGUGGACCCCAGAGCAUGCACAGGCUGGAAAGCAGCUGUGUGAGGAGGAGCGCCGGGCCAUGCAGGCAGCCCUGGACUCGAUUGUCUGCCACACGCCCCUCAACAACCUUGGCUUUUCCCGGAAGGGCAGUGCGCUCACCUUCAGUGUGGCCUUCCAGGCUCUGAGGACCGGGCUCUUUGAGCUGAGCCAGCACAUGAAGCUGAAGCUGCAGUUCACUGCCAGUGUGUCCCACCCUCCGCCUGAGGCCCGGCCCCUCUCUCGCAAGAGCAGCCCUAGCAGCCCUGCCGUCCGGGACUUGGUGGAGAGGCACCAGGCUAGCCUGGGCCGCUCUCAGUCCUUCUCCCACCAACAGCCUUCUCGCAGCCACCUCAUGAGGUCGGGCAGUGUGAUGGAGCGCAGAGCCAUCACACCCCCUGUGGCCUCCCCUGUCGGCCGUCCCCUCUAUCUGCCCCCGGACAAGGCUGUGCUCUCUCUGGACAAGAUUGCCAAGCGCGAGUGCAAGGUCCUGGUGGUGGAGCCUGUCAAGUAGCACCAUGCCAGCUCUGCUAACCUCAUACACUCCAGAAACUGCAGGCCUCCAAGGGGGUCCUCGCUCCCAGGCCAUGGUGCCCUGGAAUGCCUCCCACCUUGGGUGAAGAGGCCCAAUAGAGCUGCCUGUCUGUGUCUGCUAAUGAGGGACGGGGGAAGAAGCUGGGAAGUGGAUAGGUAUUGCUGCAGCACAAAGCCAACAGUAUUUACCUGAGUCCCUGCUGGGGGGGCUGGCCCCACCCGUAGGCCAGGGCAAAGGUCUCCAAGAGCUCCCUUGGCCCCCUCCUUUACCCUGGUUCUAAGUUUACAAAGUAUUUUCCUCAUUCCUAUUAAGUUCUUUCCCACCUUUGACAUUCCCUCCCACCCACCCGCAGGGCUGAGAUUAGAGGGUGGUGAUGGUAAAGGGACCUUGACAAUGACUCUCCUGUCUCAGGGGUUGGGGAAAUAGCUAGGUGGCCUCCUUCUGCCCCUCAUGUUUACGUUUACAGCCCGAAGCACUUUAAUUUGUAUUUCUUUUUUUGUCUGUUUCUGUAACUUAUUCUCCAACCCUGCUUCCCACUGAAAUAAGACUAUUA